AAGAGAAACGUACACCAAGAAACCCGGACGAACAAUAAUGAAAUGUGUGGUUUUGUGUUUGGGACUGGCCUUGAUGAUCGAAGGAGCAUUGGGACUUGAUCACACAGACUGGAACUUUGUAACAACCGUUUAUGACGGGAGAAAAGUCAACGGAGUUUUAGGAAUCAAUCGGCGUAGUAUGCUGAUGAUACCGGAUGCUGUGACAGAUCCAUCUAAAUGCAACAGAAGAACCAUUAAUAACCACGACUUUGAAAAGCGUUUUGUUGCUAUGAAAGACCCAGUUAAACGAGAAUGUAUGGUGAAGCCACUUGGGAAAAGAGAAACAUACGAAGAAACAAAAAAGGCUUUGGACAAUGGGAGUGAAUUCAUCCAGAGUAUGGAACACUGGGCAAUGCCCGACAGCCCGUUACCGAAGAACCGUGUGAAGAGAGAGAUUGGAAGUAUGUUGGCCGACUUCUGUUCAGAUUCUGCUCUUUUCAUGCUCAAAAGAGCUAAAGAAACUCAAUUGAUACGAAGAAAGCGUUGUUUCCUGUGUCUCUGGUGUAAGGGUACUGUUAUACAUAAUCACUACUGAGUUACCCAAAAACAGAAAACAAAUAAGCUGUAUAAUGCAUGAUGGAUG